UUUAUUUUUCCUUCUUCUUUUACUUUACAUACAUAUACGUAUACAUACAUACAUACAUAUAUAUAUAUAAAUAUAUUAUAAAAUGACUAUUGAUUUAGAGCAACAAGCAUUUCUCGAAGAAGUUGAACAAGUAAAGAAAUGGUGGUCCAGUCCUCGUUUUGCACACGUUAAGCGUCCCUAUACAGCUGAAGCCAUUGUUUCUAAACGUGGUUAUUUCCCUAUUCAAUAUCGUUCUGAUAUUCAAGCAAAAAAAGUUUGGAAACUUCUCAAAAAUCAUAAAGCAAAUGGUACAACAUCGCAUACUUUUGGUGCCCUUGAUCCUGUUCAAGUCACUCAGAUGGCACCCUUUCUUGAGACAGUUUAUGUUUCCGGCUGGCAAUGCUCUUCUACUGCUUCAACCUCAAAUGAACCUGGUCCUGAUCUUGCCGAUUAUCCUAUGGAUACCGUUCCUAAUAAAGUAGAACAUCUCUUCUUUGCUCAACUCUUCCAUGAUCGUAAACAGCGUGAGGCUCGUCUUGCGAUGACACCUAAAGAACGUGCUGCUAACCCUCCUAUUGAUUAUUUAAGACCUAUCAUCGCUGAUGGUGAUACCGGUCAUGGUGGUAUUACAGCUGUUAUGAAACUUGCUAAAAUGUUUGUUGAGCGUGGUGCUGCUGGUAUGCACAUUGAAGACCAAUCUCCUUCUACAAAGAAAUGUGGCCAUAUGGCUGGUAAAGUUUUGGUUCCUAUUGGAGAACAUAUUAAUCGUUUAAUUGCUAUUCGUGUUCAAUAUGAUAUUAUGGGGGUUGAGAACUUGAUUGUUGCUCGUUCUGAUGCAGAAGCUGCUACGUUAAUUACCUCUAACAUUGACCCCCGUGAUCAUGAAUUUAUUGUCGGUACUACCAAUCCUAAUGCGAAGCCUUUAGCUAGUUUAAUGAAUGAAGCUGAAGCCUCUGGUAAACAUGGUGCUGCACUUCAAGCAGUAGAAGAUGAAUGGAUUUCUAAAGCAGGUCUUAAGCGAUUUGGUACAGCAGUAGCUGAUGAAAUUAUUAAAUCUGGUAAAUCAGAAGCUGUUGCUCAAGAAUUUCUUUCCAAGAUUCAUUACAAAUCUAAUGCAGAAGCCCGAGCCAUUGCCAAGAAUGAAUAUGGUAUUGAAAUCUUUUGGGACUGGGAUCUUCCCCGUGUGCGUGAGGGUCUUUAUCGUUAUGAAGGUGGUACUGAGGCUGCUACUUCGCGUGCAGUUGCGUUCGCACCUUAUGCAGAUAUGUUAUGGAUGGAAACUAAGAAGCCUAUUCUUGCUCAAGCGAAACAAUUCUCACAAGGCGUUUUAUCUGUUUAUCCACAUGCUUUACUAUGUUAUAAUCUUUCUCCUUCCUUCAACUGGGAUGCUGCUGGUUUAAAUGAUAACAAUAUGAAAUCAUACAUUGCAGAUUUGGGUAAGCUCGGUUUUGUCUGGCAAUUCAUUACGUUGGGAGGACUUCAUGCAAAUGCAUUAGCAACUGCUACUUUUGCAAAGAGCUUUAAGGAGCAAGGUAUGCUUGGCUAUGUUAGUCAAGUUCAACGUAAAGAGCGUGAACAAGGAGUUGAUGUCCUACAACAUCAAAAGUGGUCUGGUGCUAAUUAUGUUGAUGAACUCAUUAAAGUUGUUACAGGUGGUGUUGCUGCUACUGCUGCAAUGGGUAAAGGUGUCACUGAGGAUCAGUUCAAAUCUUAGAUAUAAUGAAAUUACUCCCUUUUUUUUUUUUCUUAUGUACACCAUAUAAUUUCUUACUCUUCUUCUUCUUUACUCU